GCUCGGAAUAACCGAUCACAGAUUAUCAGUCAGAUUCUCCUCAUGAUGGAUUUACGGAUUAUUCUCUCCGUGCUGUCUGUCAUUUAUUCAGGAGUGUUUCACACAGCGUUACCGGCGCCUUUGGGUGAAGUCAGCACGCGCCACUCCAGACCCAAGCGAUGCUCGUGCGCCACGUUUCUGGAUAAAGAAUGUGUGUAUUUCUGCCACCUGGACAUCAUCUGGGUCAACACUCCAGAACGUACUGUAUCCUACGGACUGGGGAACGCGCCACGUAAGAAGCGCUCAGUGCAUGAAGUGACUCGAGCCGUCAAGUUUCCGCGCUGUGAGUGCGCAGACAGCACCGACGGCACGUGUGUUGCGUUCUGUCGCGCACACAACCAGCCAAGGCGUAAGACAGCGCGUGACAAGGUGAUCCCCAGCGCCGGCGGCCAUGACUGUGCCGAAAAGAAACGCAAACAUGACCUGGCAGCCAAGACGUCUGGGCUUAAAGGGCGUCAUAAGGGAUCUGAGCCCUCAGUCGCUCGGGCCACCAGGCAGCUUAAAGGAAUGGAGUUUGUCUCACAUCACACAUGUUCGGGCUGCUGAAAACACCACGUCUACCACGUCAGACACGCGGCACAGGACGUCACAAGCCAUGUGGAGAAAGGGGUUGAAGAACUCUUCUCCCAAAGUUGCGAGUGUGUGAUCGCAUCCCACUCCUUCACUGAGACCUUCGAAAAUCUGCCUCCUGCGGUGCCGGCGGGUUUUCACAAGGAAGAUUUUGACUUUGUGGUUAAGAUACAAAAAGGAAAACAAAAACAAGUAGCUGUUUUAAAGUUAAACUCACUUGAUUACUUCACUUUAAUUCACUCAGCUGUUUAUGACAUAACUAGUUGUGAAAACAUGUCUAUUGAAUUGGGACUUUUUAAAUGCGGGAACAUUGCAGUGAUACGUCCAGACGCAGUGCAGGAGCGUGUCUGGUGACACACAGAUUGUUAUCGAUCAGGCUAGUUAAGAAACUUGUCAGGACAUUUACUUUGCUGCAGUAGUGGAUGUUGUUCCUCAUCAUGUCUAAUGUGUUCAGCUCUUCUUAGAGACUAGAAUCAGUUUGAACGGAUAUUUAUGACAGCAUUUGUGUUGAAUGAAUGCAUUUAACAUUAAGCCAUAUUGGCUGGACUGAUUGUCAUUUCUGUGAAA